AUGCGGUUGGGCUCUGGGACCUUCGCCGUGUGCUGCGUCGCCAUCGAGGUGCUCGGGGUCGCGAUCUUCCUUCGGGGAUUCUUCCCGGCUCCCGUUCGUUCUUCCUCCAGGCCGGAGCACCAAGCGGAACCCCCAGCACCAGAACCGUUGGCUGGAGCCAGUUCCAACUGGACGACACUCCCCCCACCUCUCUUCAGUAAAGUUGUCAUUGUGCUGAUAGACGCCUUGAGGGACGAUUUUGUGUUUGGGUCAAAGGGUGUGAAGUUUAUGCCCUACACAACUUACCUUGUGGAAAAAGGAUCAUCGCACAGCUUUGUGGCUGAAGCAAAGCCGCCUACGGUUACUAUGCCUCGUAUCAAGGCAUUGAUGACUGGGAGCCUCCCUGGCUUUGUUGACGUCAUCAGGAACCUCAAUUCUCCAGCAUUGCUAGAAGACAACGUGAUAAGACAGGCUAAAGCUGCCGGGAGAAGAAUAAUUUUUUAUGGAGAUGAAACAUGGGUUAAAUUAUUCCCAAAACAUUUUGUGGAGUAUGAUGGAACAACAUCAUUUUUUGUGUCUGAUUACACAGAGGUUGAUAACAACAUCACAAGGCAUUUGGAGAAAGUACUGAAGAGAGAAGACUGGGACAUGCUGAUCCUGCACUACCUGGGGCUGGACCACAUCGGCCACGUCUCUGGGCCCCACAGUCCCCUGAUUGGGUCUAAGCUCAGUGAGAUGGACAACAUCCUCAUGAGGAUCCACACGGCGCUGCUGUCCAAGGAGAGGGAGGCUCUUCUGCCCAGCCUGCUCGUUCUCUGUGGGGAUCACGGCAUGUCUGAGGCGGGCAGUCACGGGGCCUCUUCCACGGAGGAGGUGAACACGCCUCUGGUGCUGAUCAGCUCUGCAUUCGGGAGGAAACCUGGUGAUGUCAGGCGUCCAAAGCACGUCCAACAGACUGAUCUGGCUGCAACACUGGCAGUAGGGCUGGGCUUGCCAAUUCCAAAAAACAGCGUGGGGCGUCUUUUAUUCCCAGUUGUUGAAGGAAAACCAAUGCGAGAGCAGUUGCGAUUUUUACACUUAAAUACAGUGCAGCUCAGCAAGUUGUUGCAAGAGAACGUGCCACUGUAUGAGAAAGAUCCUGGAUUUGAACAGUUUAAAAUGUCAGAACGGUUGCAUGGGAAUUGGAUCAAGCUCUACUUGGAGGAGAAGGGCUCUGAAGUCCUUCUGAAUCUUGGCAUGAAGGUCCUCAGGCAGUACCUGGAUGCCCUGCAGACCCUGAGCCUGUCUCUGAGCAGACAGGUGGCGCAGUACGACAUCUACUCGAUGGCAGUGGGAGCUGUGCUGGUCCUGGAGGUCCUAUCCCUGCUUCUGCUCAGCGUCCCAAAGGCUCUGGGCCCAGCGGCUGAGCUGGACGUGCCGCUGUCAUCACCGCUGUUCUCCCUGCUCUUCUGCCUGACUCUCCUGGUCCUCUCCGCCGUCCAUGUUGUCGUGUGCACCUCAGCUGAGAGCACCUGCUACUUCUGCAGCGUGCCCUGGCUGGUGGCGAGUGGGGCGGUGCUGCUGAUGGCUGCGCUGCUCUGUGCGAUCGUGUCAGCCGUUUCCAAGACUGGAGUCAGCACAAAGCAUGCAGGGAAGAACCUUGCUCCUUCUAGCUCUCAGUGGUCAGAGCUGGAUCUCCUCAUCCUGCUGGGGACCGCAGGCCAUGUCCUGAGCCUGGGUGCAAGCAGCUUCAUCGAGGAGGAGCACCAGACCUGGUACUUCCUUGUCAGCACCCUGUGCCUGGCACUGUGUCAGCAGGUUUAUAGAAGCCACUUCCUUGGCAAUAAGGAGGAUCCACAGUGCAGCUCGUAUGCAGAUCCUGGGCUCAAGCUGGCUUUGCCGACUCAGCGGGACCGGGCCAAGGGCUGUGCUGUACUGCAGGACAACGGGGCACAUGUGGCCACCUCUGCCUUUGAGCAGCUGGGCGAUGCAGAGCGGUGGAUGGCGCUGGCCAGCCCUUGGGCCGUGCUGUGCUGCUGCCGGCUGCUGCGGGCCCUGAACCAGACGGGCGUGCAGGGGGCCCACCGGCCUGACCUUGGGCACUGGCUCACCAGGUGA